AUGGUACAUAUUUAAAUGAUUUACCACAUGGAAAAGGAGUAUUCUGGUCUAAAAACUAAAAAUAUAUUGGUUAAUGGCAUUAAGGAAAAAAAGUAUUAAAUUAAUAAUGAUUAUUAUAUUAAUGGAAUAGGAUGGUAUUAAGGAAGUCAUUGUGAUUAUUAUUUAGGAUAAUGGGAAAAUGGUAGAUGUUUUGGAUUUUGUAUUUAUAUGAAGAUAUAUAUUAAAUUAAUAAAUAUUUUAGAUAUAUUAGCUAUAUUACAAAUGAUCUUAAACAUGGUAAUAGUUAAGAGUAUUUUGAGAAUGGUGAUUAUUUUAAGGGAGAAUAUAAAAAUGGUAAACCUAAUGGUAAUGGUGAAUUUUAUUGGGAUAAUAGUAAUUGUUAUAAGGGUGAAUUUAUAAAAGGACUUGGAAUUUGGUAAAGUAAAAUAUAAGAAGGAAUAAAUACAAAUAAAGGAUAAUAUGUAAAUGAUAAAAAAUGGGGAGAAAGAAUAUUUGAAUAUGCUAAUGGAACUAAAUAUUAAGGUUAUCUUGUUGAUGAUAAAAUGUUGGGGUUAUGGUGAAAUUAUUUGGUAAGAUAAAGCUAUUUACAAAGGUUAUUGGCUUAAUGGAUUAAAGGAAGGAGAAGGAAUAUAUGAAUACGAUACACUUAUACUUAAAGGUAAUUGGAAAAUCAAUUAAUUAUAAACUAUUGAUAAUGUUAGAGUAUCAUUAAAUCAAUUUCUAUAAUAACAUAAUCUAAAAGAAAUUAAUGAAAAUUAAGAAAUUUAAUCAUAAAUGGCUGAUGAACCUGAUUAAGAUGAAAUUGGUGAUUUAUUUUGA